UUUUUUUUUUCUUGUCGCAAACAAUUGAAUUUGACUCGUUCUGGCUACUCCGUCAAGCUCUGUAUAAGGUCCCUGGAUGCGCCUUUGAAAUAUCUGCAACUGGCGCAAUUAGGGUUCCUUUUUUGCCUCACAACGCGCUCGCAAUGGGUAGAAGUAACCGCAAAAAUAAGCGUGGGGGUGGCCCCAAUGGCCACUUCGAUGGCAGGCGCCGUCACGAUACGGCCACCAACAACCGAUACAACUAUGCCAACCUGCCCAAGGAGAACGAGAAGCUCCAAAAGUUCUACGAUGAGCUUCUCCAGCUCCCCGAGGAGGAGCGGGCCGAGUUCUGGACCGCUUAUCAGCGGGAGCUCCCCAACAGCUUCCGCUUUUGUGGCUCCAAGGGCCAUGCCUCCGAAGUCAUGAAGCUCAUGGAGACGAGAUACAUACCCGAAAUCACAGAGAUUGCCUACGAGGGACAACCUGUCGACCCGCCCAAGGCCGUCCCGUGGUACCCUGAUCUUUUGGCUUGGUGGAUGACCACGCCCAAGAAUGUGGUGCGCAAGUUCCCGCCAUUCGCCAAGUUCCAGAAAUUCCUCGUCUCUGAGACGAGCGUCGGAAACAUCAGUCGCCAAGAGGUUGUCAGUAUGAUUCCACCGCUGGUGCUGGAUGUCAAGCCUGGAAUGACUGUGCUUGAUAUGUGCGCUGCUCCUGGAAGCAAGGCAUCGCAGCUGCUCGAGAUGAUUCACGUCGGCGAGGAGGCCAGGAUAUCCAACUUUAUGAAGAACUUCUCCGGCGACCAAUCCGCCGACACUGCUCCGACUGUCGAGGAUGGAGCAGACCUGGAAGUUGACGCAGGAGACGAUGGCCGUGCGACUGGCAUGCUCAUUGCCAACGACGCCGAGUACAAGCGGUGCCACAUGCUGGUACAUCAGCUCAAGCGCCUCUCUUCGCCUAACCUAAUUGUCACAAAUCAUGACGCUACACUUUACCCCUCGAUUCGUAUCCCCAGCAGCGACCCCAACACCAACGCGUACCUCAAGUUCGAUCGAAUCCUGGCCGAUGUUCCUUGCUCCGGCGACGGUACCCUCCGGAAGAACGUCAAUUUGUGGAGGGAGUGGGUUCCUGGCAGCGCCCUGGGUCUGCAUCUGACGCAAACGAGAAUUCUUGUUCGUGCCUUGCAGAUGCUCAAGGUUGGCGGCAAGAUGGUGUACUCGACUUGCAGUAUGAAUCCUGUUGAGAAUGAGUCGGUCAUCAACGCAGCCAUUGAUCGCUGUGGCGGACUCAACAACGUUGAUAUCCUUGACAGCAGUGACAAGCUCCCCGGGCUCAAGCGGAGGCCUGGUAUGAAGACCUGGAAGGUGAUGGACAAAUCGGGACGGGUCUGGAACAACUGGGAGGAGGUUGAGGGUCAGCUGGAGGUCAAGGAUGGCAAAUCCCUGACUGGCAAGCUCUCCAAGACCAUGUUUCCUUCCGGUACCGACCUCCCGCUUGAGCGUUGCAUGAGGAUAUAUCCUCACCUGCAAGACACGGGCGGUUUUUUCAUUGUGGUAUUACAGAAAAAGGCCGAGUUCAAGGCAAAGCCCGAAACCGAUCUUGCUGGCACGACUCCUGCGAAUGGUGAGACUACAGCCUCAACACCCAACGUCACAGAGGGUAAGCGCCCGAGGGAAGAUGAGGAUAUUGAAGGGCAGGCAGCCUCCAAGAAACCAAAGACCGAGGCCAGUGAGCAGCCCGCAGCGUCUGAGGAUGUCAACAUGAUCGACCAGCCGAAGGAAGAAAGCACUGCUCCCGCGGAAACCAACGUUGCAGAAACGGUACAGCAGGAAGAGCCUGAAGCCAAGGAAACUGCCACCUCUUCAGAGUCGCAGGUGUCGAAACCUGUUCCAAACCAAAAUACCCCAGUCAACCAAGGCAAGAAGAAGAAGGAGGGCCCUUACGAGGAGCCUUUCAAGUAUCUCCCUGCGGACCACUCGGUGAUCAAAUCCGUUAAAGAUUUUUACAAGUUCUCGGACCGUUUCCCGCUAGACCGUUUCAUGGUUCGCAAUGCCAUGGGCGAGCCAGCAAAGGCCAUAUACUACACGUCAGAGCUAGUCCGGGACAUUCUGGUUGCCAACGAGGGGCGAGGUGUUCGUUUUGUACACGGUGGUGUCAAGAUGUUCAUGAAGCAGGAUGCUCCCUCAGCUGAGGUUUGCGGAUGGCGCAUUCAGUCAGAGGGUAUGCGUAUCCUACACGGCUACGUUGGGCCCGAGAGGAUCAUCUACUUGAACAAGAAGGAAACCUUGCGUAAGCUCUUGAUCGAAAUGUUCCCCAAGCUGGCUGAUGGCGGCUGGAAGAGCCUCGGCGAGGUUGGAGAAGCAGCGUUGAAGAUUGGUCUGGGUUGCUGUGUGCUUCGAAUCGAGCCGGGCCCCGAGGAUCAGGACAUGGAGCGGAUGGCCUUGCCGCUGUGGAAGAGCUUCCACUCGGUAAACCUGAUGCUUCCCAAGGAGGACCGCUCUGCGAUGUUGUUGAGGAUCUUCAACGAGACCGCAGUCUUGCUGAACCUUGGUCUUUCGAAAGACAAGGCCGAAGCAGGCAAGGAGGAAGAGGGAGACGCAGCCACGAAUGAUGAGAACAGCGAGGUUAAGGAGGAGUCUGUCGUGGCUGAUGUUGAGGAAGAAUCUAAAGAAGAGGCUCAGGACACUGAGGAGGGUGGCGCCAAACUCGAGACAGCCGAAGAGCCAAUCAAGGCCGAGUCCAGUAAUGCUUGAUCUGGUCCAAGGCUGGAGGGAUCUCGGUUCAUUUAGAGCAGAACGAGCAAGGAAGCCAUGCUGGUCACGAUAUUGGGCAUCUUGGUGUAUUCUAAAACCUCAUUUGCGGAGUUAAUUGGGAAAUAUUUUACGAACUCUGAAGCCUUCAAGGCAUACUCGUCGCUGACAGGCGCCAUGUUUAUCACGUUCUAUCGUACCUGG